AUCUACCGGCUACCACCUGGGCCUGAGGUGGAUGCAGCUUGGUCACGUCUCGCCGCAGCCGACGGCAUAUUUCCACUGUCCUCGGACGAUGUUGUCCGUAUGGGAAAGGAUCCUGCCUACACGGUGAAAGCGCCGCCGUCAUAUGGUUUCCCGCCGGAGAAGGACAAUAUGAUGGGCAUAGAGGCAUUCCACCAGCUUCACUGUCUCAAUGCGCUGCGGAAGGCUUUGAUCACCAACUAUGACUACUACUGGGGAUCCACGUAUGGCUUCGACCCUCCCAUCACCUUCUCGCGCCACCUGAAUCAUUGCUUGGACAUCCUCCGGCAGCAUCUCAUGUGCCACGCCGACCUUGAGGCCUUCACUUUCAUGUGGCGCGAGGGUCAGGAGAAGCCGUAUGCCGACUUUGGCAUCCGCAAGACUUGCGUGGACUUCAACUAUCUUCUAGAGUGG